AUGCUCAAUGAAACGAAAAAAGGGAGCUGGAAUGGUUCGAGCGGACCCAGAGACGACAACAGUCUGAAGUCUGGUAUUGACGGUGUGGCCUUGCCUGAAGAAUACCAUAUCGGUAACGAUCGAAAGGGGGCCCAAGUUACGAUUGGACCUGCUCCACUCGCUGCUGGAGUUUCUUCAGCUGAAGUUGAUAAGGCUGGAACCGCUUUGGGCUCAGCGGUCUUAAGAGCCUUGAAACUUCGUCCUCCUCUUCCUAAAGAUGCUCCCGAUGCUAUCGCCACUCAGCCCACCACUGGGAUGGUGACAAUAUUGAAGAACUGA